ACCACACAAUCAUCACCAAAACACAACCAAACUGAUUCAUCACAAUCUACAUAUUCCUUCCAAAAUGUCUUCCUCAAAGCUCUCCUCCAUUGUUAUCCUCCUCAGCUUUGCUCUCCUUCUCCGAACUUCUUUUGGAGCUGACACUACUCUCUUCCAUUUCUGUUCCAGCUCUGGAAACUUCACUGCCCAUAGCCCUUUUGAACUGAACUUGAAACGGCUCAUAACCCUUCUCAACUACAAAACCCCUCCGACUGGCUUCGGUCUCGGUUCUGUUGGCAGACUUCAGAGCCAAACAGCAUAUGGCCUCUCCCUGUGUCGUGGUGACGUCUCUGCCUCGGACUGCAGAACCUGUGUUUCCGAGGCAAGCAGUGAAAUCCGCAAACUGUGUCCAUACAACAAAGGAGCCAUCAUAUGGCAUGACAAGUGCAUGUACAAGUAUUUGGACGCCGAUUUCUUUGGUCAAGUUGACGAAACAAACAAGUUCUACAUGUGGAACUUGCAAACCGUCAGUGAUCCCGCCACUUUCAAUUACAAGACAAAGGAAUUGUUGAGUCAGCUUGCCUACCAGGCUUCUGUGAAGCCUAAGAUGUUUGCAACCGGAGAGGUAAAGAUUGGAGAAUCGAAGACUCUUUAUGGGUUGACACAGUGCACCAGAGACCUUUCUGGCAAUGAUUGCAAGAAGUGUCUUGACGAUGCAAUCAGUGAACUUCCAAAUUGUUGCGAUGGAAAACAAGGAGGCAGAGUUGUUGGGGGAAGCUGUAACUUCCGAUACGAGAUUUACCCAUUUGUCAAGCAGUAGAUCAGCUUAACCUGCUUGGGAAUAAAGAUCUUUAGAUCUAUACUAAAUAUAAAGCAAUGGUCAUGACACCAAUAAUAAACUUGUGCUGAUCAUGAUGCACAAGUUGCAAGCUACAACUUACGUAUCCUCUUUGUAUUUGUAGCACAUGAGAUCGUUGUUCAAUGAAAUGUAUGUGUUCGUUAUUUCA